AGGCUCUAUAUUAGACCUAUUAUGCACCAGGGGGUCACCGUAGGACCAUACUAGUAACGGAACAAACAGUACCAAUUUUGUUUCUCUCUCUCUCUCUCUCUCACGCACAACGAGCGAGCAGAGAAGAAUAGUCGCACUGCAUUCAGAUUCGGAGAACUAUCGGGAGAUUCAAAUGCUUCGAUCUAUUGGCUUGCUGAGGAUGCAUAUUUUUGGAUGCCCUGAACAUGGUGUGGAUUGAGGUGGCUGUGUUGACUUUCUUAAUUCCCUUCUUUUCGAACUUAGUAAGUUCCGUGGGAGUAGCACUUCAAGGGUGGUCCCAAGGCAACCCUCAUAUAUCAUACAUCUAGGAUGGAUGUGCUGACAUUAUGGUUGUGGAUUUGGCGUCUAAGUCAGAAAAAAAUCUGCACCGGUCUUUAUGGCCGUAUGAUCUCCAGGCCAAGAAAACCAAAAGGAAACAUUUUAUUGAAGGAAUUUCUUGUAGGAUCAAUUGUCAUUUAUGGGGUAAAGAGUGGAAAAAAUAAUUUUAUAUUUUGAAUCUGUCUGGAGAUGGACAAGACACGAGAUGAUGCAGGGCUAGCGGAACCGGGUCCUGCGGAAUCGGGUCGUUCUAAUGACACUUGGUGGCCAUCAAAUUUGAUGGAAAGACUGCGAUCAGUUUCUCUGUUUUCUUCAGAAGCAACGAUUAAUAAUAAAGAAUCAAUAAAAGAGCAUAAGGUUGAGGGUUUGGCAUCACACAGAGCUUCACAGAUUCUGUGGGUCACUGGAACGCUUUCUGAACCAAUUCCCAAUGGUUUCUAUUCUGUAGUUGCGGAAAGAAGACUUAAGGAACUAUUUGAUUCUAUUCCUUCUCUAGAUGAACUUCAUGCUUUGUAUUCAGAAGGUCUUAGAGCAGAUGUUAUUGUAGUGGAUGAUAAAGAUAAGAAGCUUUCCAUGCUAAAGCAGCUGACUGUGACUUUGGUGAAAGGAUUAAAUUCAAAUCCAGCAGCAGUUAUAAAAAAGAUAGCUGGAUUGGUUUAUGAAUUUUAUAAGCAACCCAAUUUGGAUUUAAAUCCAGCGAAAGCUGCACUGGAGGAAGUAUCUCAUGCAUUGGAUAAUCAAGGAGUCCGGAUGCUGGGUCAAAUAAAGCAUGGUACAUGCCAUGCCCGGGCAAUCCUAUUUAAAGUUCUUGCAGAUACUGUAGACCUUGAUAGUAGGCUUAUGGUGGGUUUGCCUAGGGAUGGAGUAAUGGAGAGAACAGACUCAUAUAAGCAUAUGUCUGUGAUAGUGAUGAUGAAUUCUGUGGAACUUCUGGUUGAUCUUGUGCGUUUUCCAGGCCAGUUGAUACCCUUUUCAACCAAGGCAAUCUUUAUGUUUCAUAUAUCUGCUGCAGGUGAGAGUGACUCUGCAGACUAUGACUCAUGUGAUUCACCCCUAGAACCAAACAGUCCUCUUUGUGGCUCCUCAGAGCGAGUAUAUGUUGAAGGAGCUGAAAACAAUGAGAGCCUCCAGUCCUUUUAUCCCUAUAAACUAGAAGCAUCAGUUAAAGUAUCAGGUCCAUCUUUGCGGAAUGUAAUGCUUCAACCAAAAACAAUGAUUGAUGGAAGGCUAAAUUUAUCACACAGUGAACCAAAUAUAGCAAAUGCAUUUUGGCGGCGCAGCCAGAUGAAAGUAAUUGCAGAGCAGCAGACAGCCAGUUCAAGUCCAGAGCAUCCUUUACUUCGAGUGCAUGGACGAUCUAUCUUAGGUGGUCAUAGAGAUUCUUUCAGAGAUUAUGGGAAUGAUAUGGCGACAUCAAGAUCAGCUGGGGCAUCACCAUUAGAAACUCAUCGAAGAAGAAGAAGAAGAAGACACAGUAUUAGUAUGACUCCAGAGAUUGGUGAUGAUAUUGUAAGGGUUGUACGAGCAAUGAAUGAAACGUUGAAGCAAAGCCGUCUUCCAAGGGAGCAUGUUGAUGCACACAGUUUUUGUUCUAUGAGUAAAGAAAACAAUAAGCCAGAUCCUCAUGAAAGUGUUUCCAAUUUCCAUCAUGAUGAAAUGUCUGGAGAAAAGUCUACAGCAUAUUAUUUUCACAGGACCCAGAUGAGUUCUCAGAAAGCAAUCUCAUUACCUUCAUCUCCUCAUCUAUCUAGGAGACUUGCUUCUGGAAUGUGUGAAUCAGCAGUACUCACAGGAAAUGCUGAGAUGACCUCAACCUGGAAUAAAGUGCUUGAAUCAUCAAAGAUUCUGAACAAGCCUUUGUUGCCUUUUCAAGAGUGGAACAUUGAUUUCUCUGAAUUGACUGUUGGAAUUCGUGUUGGGAUUGGGUUUUUUGGAGAAGUUUUUCGUGGCAUUUGGAAUGGGACAGAUGUUGCCAUUAAAGUUUUUCUUGAACAAGAUUUAACUGUUGAGAACAUCGAAGACUUCUGCAAUGAGAUAUCUAUUCUAAGCCGUCUACGCCACCCAAAUGUUAUUUUAUUCCUUGGUGCCUGCACAAAGCCUUCUCGGCUGUCCAUGGUGACUGAAUACAUGGAAAUGGGAUCAUUGUAUCAUUUAAUCCAUGUGAGUGGGCUGAAAAAGAGACUCAGCUGGAGAAGGAGAGUGAAAAUUAUAUGUGAUAUAUGCAGGGGUCUGAUGUGCAUACAUCGGAUGAAAAUAGCCCAUCGUGAUCUAAAGAGUGCAAAUUGCCUUGUGGACAAGCAUUGGACAGUUAAGAUAUGCGAUUUUGGGCUCUCUAGGGUGCUGACAACCAGACCUAUGAGAGAUGCUUCCUCUGCAGGAACUCCAGAGUGGAUGGCUCCUGAACUCAUCCACAAUGAACCCUUCACAGAGAAAUGUGAUAUUUUCAGCCUUGGCGUUAUAAUAUGGGAGCUAUGCACUCUUAAUAGACCAUGGGAAGGCAUACCAUCAGUUCAAGUGGUUUAUGCGGUUGCUAAUGAUGGAUUGAGGCUAGAAAUUCCUGAAGGUCCCUUGGGGAAGCUAAUUGCAGAUUGCUGGUCUGAACCGGAUGAACGACCCAGCUGUGAGGAUAUUCUUUCACGUUUGCUCAACUGCGAGUAUAUACUAUGCUGAUUUGAUUCUUGUGUUUGUCUGAAAGAAGCAGUAGAACUGUUGAGUUUAUAAUUGGGGGAAGUUGUAAAUGAUUGUUAAUUUCAGAGCAUUGAUCAUCUUUACGUCCAAUCAAUUUCCAUCUCUCUCUCUCUCUCUCUCACACACACACUCACACACACACCUUGUGUGUGCCGAGGAGCAUUCUUACACAGGUCUCUGUGAUUUUGUUGUUGUUCUUUCAGUUUAGUAAGCUUGAAGACAGGCUGUAAUUAAUAAACGGAUAUUAUUGUGGUGAUGCUUGUUAAUUUCA